AUGCGUCCAGCGGAUGUUAAUCCUACGGCAAAUAAUCACGUGAAUAUUCAUAAGAAGCACCAUUUAUACGAUAUAAAUAAGCCAACAAACACAAUAACCCUGUCAAGUAACCAUCCCUUAGUUGAGAAGAGAAGCGCAGGUACGCCAACUAGACAUUCAAAGAAUAGCGAUUUCACAUUUGAUUCGUUACUUCUCCCACCAGCGCGUACCUGCUCUUUAUAUGAUAGUCACAUAACAAAACUCAUCCAUAGUUCGAUGGCUGGCUAUAAUUCUACGGUAUUUGCGUACGGUCAGACAGGUUCUGGUAAAACCCACACUCUUACUGGUACGGAAGACGAGCCUGGUAUUAUUCCAUUAGCUGUUGAGCAAGUAUUUGAAGAGAUUUACGAUGACCCUACACGCGAGUUUUUGCUGAGAGUUCGUUAUUUGGAAAUCUACAAUGAAAAAUUACGCGAUUUACUUGGGCCAGCUACACAGAAUGAAGAAUUGCGUGUGAGAGAAGACAAAUCUGGCAACACUUUCGUAGAGAAUCUCACUGAGGUUUUAGUUACGACCCCGCAAGAAGUCUUAGCACUCAAAGACCAAGGUGAUAUGAAUAGACACGUUGGUGCAACCGACUGGAAUGACAGAAGUAGUAGAUCACAUUGUGUCUUCCAAAUAGUUGUAGAAUCAUCAGAAAGACAAUCAAACUUGACGAAACAUUCUGUUUCUCGUAAAUCUACUCUCAACCUGAUCGAUUUGGCUGGUAGUGAGAAGGCUACCACAGACACCUCACGGAGAUUAGAGGGUAGCAAUAUUAAUAAAUCACUUCUCGCGUUAUCGACCGUCAUUAGUGAAAUUGUGAAAACACCGAAACCAACACAUAUUCCGUUCCGAAAUAGCAAAUUAACUUAUUUACUUAAACCCUCCCUAUCCGGUGAUGCAAGAGUUGGUGUAGUCUGCACAAUUGCAGACGGAAUGGAACAUCACAAUGCAACUCUCGAUACUUUGAAAUUCGCAAGAACGAUCAAGAAGGUUAAAAUACAAGCUAAGAGGGGUGACAUACUUGAUGGAACUAAAGAUGCACUCUUACAACAACAUAUCACUCAAAUUAAGAUAUUACAAAAAGAAGUAGCGUCGUUAGAGUCCAACAAGUAUGAGGAAAUACGGCAUGCUAUAGCAGAAGAAAGAGCGGCUAAUGAUGAGAAGGUCUUUUAUCAGAAUAAUCAAAUUGAUCAACUCAAGAAAGAAUUGGACGAUGCUCGCAAGCUAGUACUAAACAGUACGAGUAUCGAUGGUGAAGAUAUAAGUCAUAGGCGUCAGUCACAACUUCGUCAUGGACAAUCUAGACGUCUUUCGGACAUGGGUCUUGGUGUAUCUGCUCCAGGUUUUAGUGUUCCACAGAGCAAGCGGAGAGUACUGUCGACUGGUAUUCCAGUGUCAACAGAUGAAAAUGUGGGUUACUUAUGUGAAACAUGUCAAUUACUAACAUAA